AUGUUGUUUCUCAUACUGUUAUUUUUGAGUCCCACAGAGGGUUUCAAUUAUGAGACAGGAUACGAGCAUCAUUAUACUUAUUCGUCAACAUCAGAUACACUUGGGAUGCACAAUGUCACAACUGUACUAAAGUUCAGAAUACGGAAGAUCAACGAAACAGACACUGGUAUAAAAUUCCACCAGUUGUCAGUAGACAGCUUUGUUCAACAUGCACAGAAUGGUGAAUAUGCUGACAAUCCUUUCAAAUGGGAUCUUACUAAGAGUUUUUUAUUUGAAAUGGAACCGGAUGGUUUGGUCCAUUUCAUUCAUUAUCACCAGGAAGAUAGGGCGGAAAUGGUCACUUUGAAGAAAGCUUUGGUUGGAACAAUGUCGGCUAAAUUCCAAAGAAGCGACCACGAGAUAUGGCAGUAUUCAUCAACUGAUGGAGAUCAUGGUGGUUACCUUGAUCACAAGUAUGAAGGGAAAAAGACUGACACUGGAUACACUCUGACACGUCAUCAUUAUAGUUCCCAAACUGUCCUGAGAACACAUAAAAAGGUGAUGCAUAUUGACCAUUCUGAUAAUAUCAUGGAAGUAAAAGCUUUUGAUAAUAUUACUAUGAACGGUGAUGCUCCAGCCACACAGCGCACUCUCGGGAAAAUUCAUUCUAACGAAUUUAGUGAUAAUGUCAUUGAUGGUUUAGUAAGAGACAGUAUAGUAGUAACUAAGAAACCUUCAAAACCAACAACAUUAAAGGAGACAGGAGAAAUAAUCAAAGAUUUAAUCACAUGUGUGCAGAGACAUCAGAAUAAAUGUAGGUAUACUCUUGAUUGGAAAAGUAAUAUAAGUUGUUUAGUGUCUUAA